UAAUAUACAUCUGUCCACCUAGAUAAGCUUUCUUCAGUUAAGAGAGUCUUGGUGUGGUGUCGUCCAAAUUUUGUCCCACAUCGAUUUCAUCGAAAUCUGCCUUAUGGAUUUGCUUAAGAGCUCUCCAUGGUUUUUCUUUUUAGUUUCUACUUUAGUUUUUCUAAUUUUUGCUUCUAUUUCAUUUCAAAUUCAUGGGAUUUUAGAGUGUCUUUAGUUUACACUAGUUUUCAUUUGUGUAGAGAAACUAGAAAGAAAUCAAACCUAGAGUUGGUGAUACCUGAUUAAAAAAAAACAAAUGGAAGAGGAGAAAUCUUUUAUUGCAAAAGAUGUAACUGAAUUGAUUGGUAAAACACCAUUGGUAUAUCUGAACCAUGUUGUAGAAGGCUGUGUAGCUCGAGUUGCAGCUAAGUUAGAGAUGAUGGAGCCUUGUGCUAGCGUCAAAGACAGGAUUGGGUAUAGUAUGAUUAAAGAUGCAGAAGAAAGGGGCCUCAUCACUCCGGGUAAGAGUAUUCUUAUUGAGCGUACGAGUGGGAACACUGGCAUUGGGCUAGCAUUUAUAGCAGCCAUAAAGGGAUAUAAGCUAAUAAUAGCAAUGCCAGCUUCGAUGAGUCUCGAAAGAAAAACCAUUCUUCGUGCAUUUGGAGCUGAGCUUGUUCUCACUGACCCAGCUAAGGGCUUGGAAGGAGCUCUUGACAAGGCCAAAGAAAUACUUGCAAGAACACCCAAUGGUUACAUGCUUCAACAGUCGGAAAACCCUGCCAAUCCUAGGAUCCAUUAUGAGACUACAGGACCAGAAAUUUGGAAAACCUCCGGUGGGAAAGUUGAUGCUCUUGUUUGUGGGAUAGGUACUGGUGGUACAAUUACAGGUGCUGGCAAAUUUCUCAAACAGCAGAACCCUCACAUUAAGCUCUAUGGUGUAGAGCCUGCUGAAAGUGCUGUUCUGUCUGGGGGAAAACCUGGUCCACAUAAGAUUCAAGGAAUUGGUGGUGAAGUCAUCCCAGAAGUAUUGGACAUCAAUCAAGUUGAUGAAUUUGUGCAAAUAUCAAGUGACGAGGCAAUAGAAAUGGCUAGGCUUAUUGUACUAAAAGAAGGCUUAUUGGUAGGAAUAACAUCUGGUGCAGCCGCAGCUGCAGCAAUUAAGAUAGCAAAGAGGCCAGAAAAUGCUGGCAAACUCAUUGUGGUUGUGUUCCCCAGUUCAGGAGAGCGUUAUCUCUCUACUGUGCUUUUUGAGUCUCUGAAGAAAGAGGCAGAGAAUAUGGUCUUUGAGCCCUGAAGUGUUCACUUCAAAUAUCUUAUACAUUAAUUAAGAAUACAAUAAUUUUGUUUUUUUUUUAAAAAAAACAUAAAAUUUCGAUUAAUCUUUUUACUUGUACUUGAAACUCAUUGCAUUGAUGUCUUAAUAUGUGAGAUUUGGAAUCAAAAUUGAAUUGUGUUGA